AUGUUGGAACUACUCCAAAACUCAUUUCUGGGGCUGCGAAUGGCGAUCUAUGGUUAUGAGACUCCAGCCGCCGUCGAUGUGAGACAACCGCAUAGCUUCACGGGUCCUUCGCGCUUCCUGACUCCCAUCCACGCUACACAGUUUGGCCUGGCCCAGCUGGCUCAUCCGGUCUUCCUGGACCUCCAGGACUUCCAGGGCCUCCGGGACCUCCUGGACCUCCUGGGCCUCCUGGGACAGCCGUUCUUCUUCAGUCUCGUGAGCUUCCUCGAGUCUCCCAGUGGUCUUGUCACUGCAAUAAACACCAACCCCAAUGUGAACUGGAUCCGGCUGGAUCGUGGAGGGAAAUCGAUUAGUGGGCAAGUCCCCAUCGACUACCCAGCAGGGCCUGUCACGGUGACAGUCACAGCACAAUAUAACAUUGCCGGAAGGAAUGUCGACAGGAGGGAUUUCGAAACCCGGUUUGUGAUCGUCCUCAAUGUCUUCCUUCCGGUCAGUCCCAUGGCACCAGGCUCGGUUGCAACUCCUACGCCGCUCACCACAGUUCCCCGGGAGUCGCCAUCAAGGUCGCUUCCUCCCAUCAUCACUUCAGCACACCUCCCACCGUCGACUAUUCCUUGGGUGACUUCGACCUUCACCCCUCCGACGUCGACCACAUUGACGACGGCAACCGACCUGUCAUCGACCACGACCACCGCACCGUCAACAACGCGGACGAGACCGACUGCCGUCCCCACCCCAACUAUCUACCAGGGCCAGCCCUUUACCAUCGGCAAGGAAGCGUACGAGUUGAACGAGGGGGACAUCCUCAACGGGGUGUCGUCAAAUCCGCCCACGGACUGGAUAAUUCUCUCUCAGCCCAACUUAUCCAGGCCGUGCUGCAUCACCGGCGUGGUUCCGGCCGACUGGACCCCGGGCCCGAUCAAUGUGACGCUCAACAUGUACAGCCGGUUCACGUCCCCGUCCUUUGCAUAUUUCACCUCCUUCAUCGUCAUCGUCAUGGAGAGCCCGCAUGUCUCUACUACCUCGGCCAUCUAG